CAUAUAAAAGGCUAGUCUGUCAGGGACUAACCCUUCCCGUUGCCAUCAGAGGAGGGGGUAACAGAACAUUUGUCAUUAUGUCUAGGCUCAUAUUUUUGGCACUGUUGGCCUUCGUGAGAGGUGAUAACGUCGUCCGUGUAAACUUUCACGAGGACUGUGAAGGUCACGUCAAUGACCUUAUUCAGCUGAAUCUGGCUGCAACCUUCCAAUACAUAGCUAAGGCAUUUCACUUCAGAGAGUACGACUCUGAGUAUGCGGGCAUGGCCGCCAUGUUCCAUGCACACGCCAGAGAAAAGCUGAAUGACGCUAAGCACUUGAUGAAAUACCUUAUCCAUCGCGGAGCGGAAGUUCAUUGGGAAGAUAUUCCUAAACCCCCCAAUACAAACUGGUCUCAUCCAUCCGUAGUGAUGACACAGGCUUUAGAGAUCGAAAAGAACAUGCUGAACAAGAUCAUCGCUACCCACACCUGUGCGCAGGAACACAAUGACCCGGAUCUCAUGCACGACAUGGCUAACCGUAUGAUCAUAGAAGAGGAGAACACAAUCUUUGAACUCGGAUCUUACAUCUCACAUUUGGCCCACGAUGGAGCCGAGGAUACAGUCGUCUUACCACACCUUAGUGAAAAGCUGUUCUUGAAAUACAAGGGUUACAAGGAUUGCUUCCAUGCAGUUGAACCCGACGAGUAUCAUAACCAUCCCCAUGAUUACUGACAUGGCUAUUUCGGGCAUCAUGAUGACAAACACGAUGUUUAGAAUGCUAUAGCGUUAAGUGUAAAAAAAAAAAGUGGUCUCUGUCCAAGGUCAGUGUGACGUGGGCAAAUGUUCUAAGUAUCCGAAUCUCAGGGUGGCAAACUUGUGUGGGUUGGGUUCAUACUUGUGUUGUGAGCCACUGUUUGGAUUCCAGGAAAAGAAAUAAAUGUA